UUGACGUUUCAGCAGCCCGGCUUCUCAGGUGGACUUGUCAGAACUCGCUCUUGCUUAGCUACCUGAGCUGAGCUCAGAUCCGCGGCGGGGAGCUAGGGUUCCGGCGAGACUAGCUAAUGGCCUCACCGGCAGCGCGGCAGAGGCAGGAGCUGGCGGCGGAGGGUCAGCAGCACCUUGAGGAUACGAUCGCCGCCGCUUUCCAGAUCCUUUCCUCCAUGAAUGACGAGCUCUGCAACCCCGUGCUCUGGUCCUCCUCCGCCACCGCCUCCGCUGCCGCCGCCGCCGGCUCCCAGCACCCCCACCAACAUCAGGCUGCUCCCCCUCCACCCAACUGCGCCGACUCCGACGUUUCUGACGCCGCGGGGGGAGGCGCAGCGGGCUCCGGUGGGUCGCUCGACGAGGCGAGGCACCGGUACAAGAUCGCCGUGGCUGCACUGCGCGCGUCCAUCUCCGCCGUGGCUCCCUGCGCUCAGGAGUUGGGAUCAACAGAAUUCAAGGGCGAUCAAGCUGAGACUGAGCAAUUGGAGGAGCGUGCAUCUGCUUUGAGAAAGGAGAUUGAAAGCAAAAACAAGCACCUAAAGCUACUCAUUGAUCAACUCCGUGGUCUAAUAUCGGACAUAUCAAUGUGGCAGAGCCCUUGCUCAGCGUGAGAUGGAACUGCUAAGUCCAAGAGAUCACAACAAGGUGCGAGCUAAGGGGAAAUUGUAUAUGCUGGCCUUUUUUUAAAGGGAAAGCAGAUGAGAUACUCUUUAAAGGGAAAAAGAUGGAAUGCAGUAGCUAAGUACAAAAUGAUCAGCUUUCUUCUGAUGCUAAAAAUGUGAGGUGCUAAAUACGGAUUAGCUAAAUAUAGCUAGUAACGCAUAUACACGCAAGGUUUAUUUUGGACAGAAGCAGGGGUUUGGAUAUAGGACCAUAUGUUGGACUGGAUAUGCUUCUCUUUUACCAGUGCACGAUCAGACAUUGAAUCCAAGACUCAUGUAAAGUUGUAAACUCUCUUUUUUCCUGUUAUUUUUGCCCAAAUGUUCCACGGACCCUGUUCUGUGAAAAUUAAAUUUAGCUCCUAAACAUGCAGUGCAGAUUCUUGUGUGGU